AUGAUUCACGAGUGCUGCUUACAUGUGCUUAAGAUCAGAAGAUCAAGCAAGGGCUCUGUCGAUAUGGAGGAGAUCAAAAAGUUUUUACAAUUCGAGAGCCCUCAUUUCCCAGUCGUGAGAAAAUGCUGCUUCUGCGUAUCUCUACUCCGUAGCGCGGUUAUAUACGCCUACGUGAGUUUGGUGCUCGCCGUAGUUUCGAUCCCGGGCCUCAUUCUGCUCCUGGUCGAGGCGCGGACCACGGGGGAAAUUAGCUCUGUGCCGAUUACGAUGGAGCCCAAAAUACAACUGCCGCUGAACGUAGCACUGAUCGCGAUAGACGUGGUACUUACUGUGAUGCUGUUGAUCGGAGUGCAAAAGAAAAGAAAGGAGCUGCUGCAGAUAUAUUUCUUCGCGGGUGUCAUCUACAAUUUCCUAGCGAUUUGCUUGGCCGUCAUCUAUUUCGACUCCAACGAUUACUUUCACUAUAUCGUUGACGCUUCCGUUAUAAUUUUCAACUUAUAUAUGCUCUUCGUGAUUUACAACGCCGUUUACGUUUUGGUGGAAGAGGCUGCUAGGGCGGCGGAAGUACAGUACGUGACGUAUCUCGACCGACAAUGCUUG